UGCUCGGAGGCGGAGCGAGUUAACAGUUCUCCCGACGUUUUGUGGAAAUAUUUACGUUUUUUGAACUACAGAACUUGUGAACAAAAAUGGUGGACAAACUUAUGGUAGCGCUGCGCCAGGACGAUGUAGAGGAUGUGAGGGGAAAGACUGCUCCAGCUAAAGAGCCCUUUGAGAAGCAGUACAAGUGUGGAGCUCUUUUGGGAAGCGGAGGAUUUGGCUCUGUUUUCGCUGGGCAGCGUAUUGCAAUUAAACAAGUAUGCCGUGACAAAGUACAACAGUGGGCGCGACUGCCUGAUAAACCAAGCUUGGUGCCCAUGGAGAUUGCUCUCCUGCUGCAGCUAGGAAGAGAGUCACCAGCGGGACCAUCUCACCGCGGCAUCAUUCGCAUGCUAGACUGGUUUGAGGUCCCUGGGCAGGGGUAUCUAAUCGAGAGACCACAGCCAUGCAAGGAUCUGUUCGACUUCAUCACUGAACGUGGUGUUGUGGAGGAACCUCUCGCACAAAGGUUUUUGAAACAAGUCGUUGAAGCUAUUCAGUUCUGCCAUUCAAAAGGAGUCGUGCAUCGCGACAUCAAAGACGAGAACAUCCUGGUGGACACCCGAACUGGAGACCUCAAGAUCAUUGAUUUUGGAUCUGGUGCUCUGCUUAAGGACUCUAUUUACACUGACUUUGAAGGAACCAGAGUUCACAGUCCUCCAGAGUGGAUCGUUCAUCAGCAGUACGAGGCCGUCCCCCUCACUGUGUGGUCCCUGGGGGUCUUGCUCUAUGACAUGGUGUGUGGGGACAUUCCCUUUGAGAUGGACAGAGACAUUGUUAGUGCCAACACCAGUUUCACUAAGCGUACCUCCAAAGAGUGCCAGUCCCUUAUUCGCUGGUGCCUUUCCUUCCAUUCUAAAGACCGACCAACCCUGGAGCAGAUUUUGCAGCAUCCCUGGAUGUUGGAGAGCGCAAAAGACACUGGAGAUUUUCAAGAGGAGAGCAGCAUCUCUCCAAGCCUUUAAAAUAAAAUGGACUAAAGAUUUUCACAGUAGAAACUUCAUAUCCUCUGUUUUUGUUUGUACACUGGACUUUGUCUCACACUGGUUGCCAGCUUCUCAACACAUCAUUAUUUAUCACACUCUUUUUUUUUAGUUUACUUUUUAUAUUCUUGGGCAUAUUAUUUUGCCUCCUGCAGACACUAUAUCAGACUAUCUGGUGUCUUUUGCCCAGAAUGAUCCGGCCCUGUUAUGCUGCAGCUCCUCGUGUGCACUCCGAACCUACAGUACAUCCCACACGACCGGAGUUGGAGAUAUUUUUGUUUAUUUUAUUUAUUACUGGUUAUUUAUUGUCAAACAUGCAUAUUAGGUAUAUGUUUUGGACUAUAGGAAUAGUGAAGUUUCUGUAGCUGAAAGCAGGCGUUACAGUCUGCUUUACUGAGUUCUCUAUCAGACUGAAUGUUUUAAGAAAACGUAAGGUAACUUGGCGAUGCCUGGUUUUACAGGUUAUUAGUACAAGUUUUGUUCUUAUCCUCGUUUUAAGGCUGUUUUGUAUCCAUGUUCAAAACAGGACCAACUUUGACCAGAUCAUUAUUUGUUCUUUUUUGGACUGUUUUAAAUUCAAAUAUUUAUUUAAGGUGUUUGAACAUGUUAAGUUUUACCGAAUUAUUAAAUCCCUGCCGUUUUGCUCGGGUUUGCAUAACAACUUUGCUGUAAAUACUUGUGUAUUGUUUUUUUGUAAUGUGGCAGAAUUCACAUGACCUUAUUUAAAAGAAAUCUAAAAAUCA